AUGUCUCUUGAUUUAACUGUUCACGGUAAAUCUUCGCGAAUUGAGAAUUCUCCUCGCCAGCGAUCGGCGAAAUCAAGAGAACAGCGGUUCGGUGUAGCUGAUUUAUUAGGUGGGAGUAACCAAAAUCUACCGCAAUCCCCUGGACAUCAACCAUCUCAAAAAGCUGGAGUUAUUACAAAGUCAGCUUUAGAAGCUACUAAAAGAGAAAUUGGAGUAUCAACGAAAGACCAAGUGAAUCCAGCAAGAGAUGUUACGCAAGACAAUGAUCAAAAGGGUAUCCAGAAGAAAACUCCAUUUGGCGUCCCUCCUCUAGAGCUUGGAAAUUUGGCCCAAGGCGAUGAUAGAAGUCAUCAAUUGCUUUCUCAAUCUACAUAUGAUACAUCUGAUACAACCUCUAAUGUUAGUUGGGGUCGACCAUUAUCAAGUAAGAGGCCACAGCCAACCGGUAGAGGAGGUGGGUGGCGUGUCAAUGAUGCUAGAAAAGAAGCAGAAGAGAAGAAAUUACUGGAGGAAAAAUUAGUAUAUAACAGGACAGAUACAUUCGAUAAGCCCGAGGAUAUUCCAGCGUUGAAACUGCCUGAUACAUAUAGAGAAGGAUUUGUUCAGAAAGUAGAUAUACAAGAGAAAAAUAUCCACGCACAGGAACCAGAUGCUGUUGGCAAAACUACUGGUAAACUGGUAUCAAGAUCUCUUCGUCAAGCUCAGAGAAAAUUGGAGAGUCUAGAAAGUUUGAGCCAGAUGACUCCAGAAGAAAUUAAACGAAUUGAAGCUGCUGAAGAAGCUGUUUUAGAGCACCUAAAAAAGAUUGAUAUAUCCGCUAGAGUUGCGAGUAAAAUAACUGACAAUAGUUCAGAAGCAUUCCGAUCAAGACGCCACUUGAUUAGUAAUAGCACCAAUUCAGAUGCGUUGAAGGAAUUAGAUGGCUUUUAUUUCAUUGAUGACGGAAGCUUAGCAAUAUAUGAAUACCAUCAAAUCGGAAGCAGAUCAACAGCGUUACCGUUAAUUCAACGUGAUAUCUACAACCAUUUCUAUGGAUUAAAGCAGGGCAAAAGGAUAUCUUUACAAGAUAUUCAAACGGGAAAUAAUUUAAUUUUUGAAACCAAUAAUAAAACAACACUGCCAAAGUCUUUAUCAGCCAAAAAGUUUUUAAUCCUUCGAAUUACAAAUGUAGAUGAGGAUGCCAGAGAUGCGGCUCUUGUUAAAGAAAGUGUAAAAGAGGAUGUAGAAAAUGAUAUUCAUGCUGCUAAUUUACUAGCAAUUCAAGACAGCAUUCGGAAAGAAAUAAAACGACGAGGCAUCAAGACUGUAAUUGGGUUGGGACAGUAUCUAAGAACUCUAGAUCGCCAAUCUACUUCCACUUUAGACAAAAAUCAAUUUAAACUUGCUCUGAAGCGAUAUCACAUAGAUAUCACCGACAAGGAUUUUGAGAUUUUAUGGUAUGAAGUAGAUAUAGAGAAAAGCACCCACGCAGAUUAUUCCUUUUUCAUGCAACUAUUGGUUGGUGAAAUUGGAGAGGCUAAACAUUCAUUGAUACGAAAGGCUUUCCGGAAACUAGAUUCAAGCAAGCAAGGUGUCGUUAAUAUAUUUGAAAUCAAGAAAUUUUAUACCUUUCCGACUAAUAUGUUAACAAAUAUACCAGAUUACAUUUCGCCACAUACAGACGCGGUACAAUUUAUAGAAUCCUUUGGUGAUAGUAUAGUACAUGGAAGAGUUUACUUUUGGGAUUUUCUACUUUACUAUAUUGGAUUAGCAUUUGGUCUAGACGAUGAUAUUUUUUAUGCUGUUAUUAAGAAAUCAUGGAGAUUAUAA